CGAGCACUGAUGCAGGGCGUUGUCUUGUGAGUGACCGAUCUUCAACCAUAAACCCCCCCUUUAUCUGCCACCGUCCCAGGAACUUCUCCACUCACAAGCACACGGCCGAGUGGCUCUCUGUUCCCGUUCGCCACAGCUCUGUCCUGCAACGCGAGAGUUGCAACGCGAGAGCUCCAACAGAGACCAUUUAUUCACCAUGUUCGAGCUGUACCUUAUCACCUUCAACUGCGCACGCAAUCUUGUGGACCCGGAGUCCCUCGCACCUUCUCUUUUUGACGCGCACCUGCCCUCGUCGGCCUCUGUCCCAGACGUCGUUGCCAUCUCGCUGCAAGAAGCCGCUCCAAUCGCAUAUUCAUUCCUCGGUGGCUCCUACCUCACGCCGUAUUUUGACCGCGUCUCGGCAACGGUGAAGCUGGCGGCCAAGCUCCGCAGCGAUGGCACCGAGCAGCUCGACCACGUCGCUACCCGGAGUCUGGGCAUGACAGCCCUCAUGAUUUUUGCCAAGCCACAGUUUACGGAGAGAAUACAGUGGAUGCAAUCGGCUGGGGCUGGCGUUGGGUUGUGGAACAUGGGCAACAAAGGCGCAGUUGCGAUGCGCAUGGGUGUUUCGUGUGCAAGCCCUGACGAUGUGCUGGGAAUAACCUUCACGGCUGCUCAUCUUGCACCGAUGGAGGCCAAUGUCGAAGCCCGGAAUAGGGAUUGGGAGAAAAUUGUCCGCAACAUGGUCUUCCUCAAUAACGACACUUCCGGGUAUAGCUCAAGUGAGGAACUGCCUCUGCUCUCUUCAGUCUCGGAUCCCCCUCCAGAGAACACCGGCCUCUUUGCCCCCGAGAAUCACCUGUUCUUCGCUGGUGACUUGAACUAUAGGACUAGUGACAACGCGCCCGGCCCAGAUGCCCACCAAACAUAUCCACAGCUUGCCUUGUCGGAAUCAUCAGAGGACCAAUUCGCGCGUUUGUUGAAAAAGGAUCAAUUAAUACGAGAAAUGGACGCUAACAGGACACUCCAUGGUCUGGAAGAGCUACCAAUUACCUUUCCACCUACAUACAAAUAUACACUGCGCAAAGUGCAACGCUUAGGUCCGCACAAACGAUCGACGUCAGAUCUCAAUCAGAAAUGGGGAUGGGCAAAGCACCGUUAUCCUAGCUGGUGUGAUCGAAUCUUAUUCCUGCCACCGCCCCCUUCAGCGCCGAGGCUUGACGGGCAGAAGUACAUUGCGUUGCCAGUGCAGCCUACUUCAGAUCAUCGCCCGGUGGCAUUGUUUAUGCGUGUACACGAUGCACCGCUUAAAGUGGGCAUUCAAGGAGACGUCGGAGCGAGGUCUCCUUUUCCCAUCAACCCCAAUUGGAGGGUAAGACGAGAUACUGCCCGGCGUUUAGAGAUUGUCGUCGGCAUUUUCUCAUAUCUUGCUCUGACGAAGAAGGGCAAUGCAAUAGUGGUUGCAGUUGGCGGGGUCGCAUUCGCCUGCUGGUGGAUGGCGACAUGGUUGCAAAGUAGGUGAAUAGCGCGGAGAUCAUAGGCCGUGCGAUGGGAGUCUUUAGA